UAUGCAUGGGAACAACAUUACAGCGAUAAAAUUUCUUUUAAAAGAAAUACAGAAAUGAAUAUUGUUUUUAAAAUUCAGUUUUAUAAAAACAUAUUUAUUAGUGCUGCUACAACUUUGCCAGCUCUUUCUGCAAUGUUGUGUUUUGCCAUAAUUUAUAAAAUUAAUGGCGGGCAUGAUGCUGUGGAUAUAUUUGCAUCCUUGUCUUUAUUUCAUGUUUUAUCCCAAUUAAUAUUAAUGUUUCCUAUUGCUGUAGGAGGUUCUGCUGACGCUGUUGUUACAUGUAAGAGAGUUUCUGAUGUUUUGUCAUCUUCAGAAAUAAAAAAGAAUGUUAUGGCUGAACUUAAGAAUGAAAGAAUGCAUAAUUUUCGAGUAGAUUCUUGCAUGGCAAUUCAACUUAGAAAUGCUUCCUUUAAAUGGGAUGAAAUUGAGGAAGAAAGUUUGAACAGUGAAAGAGGAAAAAAUUCUGAGAACGAUAUACAAAAACAAUCAAAAGUUUUAACUAAAACUUUGAAAAAAGUAUCAAACGCCGCUUCAUUCAAAGGAUUAAUUGAUAUAAAUUUAGAUAUUAAGAAAGGUGAACUAGUGAUUGUUACAGGCUUUAUUGGCUCGGGAAAAUCUUCACUUUUGGCUGCUCUAGCUGACUUCAUGAAGAAAGAAAAAGGUAUAAAAUCAGUUAACGAUUCACUAAUAUUUUGUGGCUAUUCAUGGGCACAGAAUGAAACCAUUAAAAACAACAUUUUAUUUGGCAAAGAGUAUGAUGAAAAGAAGUAUUUAGCAAUUAUUCAUGCUUGUGAUUUACUAGAUGACUUGAAGGUUUUUCCUGCAGGAGACGAAACUGAAAUCGGUGAAAGAGGUAUCACCUUGUCUGGUGGUCAAAGAGCAAGAAUCAACUUAGCAAGAGCUGUUUAUCAUGAUGCAAAUAUUAUAUUGUUAGAUGAUGUUUUAAGUGCUGUUGAUGCUAAAGUUGGAAAGCAUAUUAUGAAAUACUGUAUAUUGGGGUUAUUAAAAAAUAAAACCAGAAUUUUAGCUACUCACCAAUUAUCUGUAAUCGAAAAUGCAGAUAAAAUAAUUUUUUUAAAUGGAAAAGGGGGACUAAUUUGUGGAACAAUUGAUAAAAUACAAACAGAAUCACAAGAUUUCAAUAAUCUUAUUGCAUUUCAAUUCAAUUCCUAUAAUAAAGUGAAUACUGUCAUCAAAGAAUCUUUAUAUGAGAAAAAAGAACUUUUGAACCAAACCGUUCAAGAUGUUGAUGGUCAUCUAAUGGUAGAAGAAGAAAGAGCUGUAAAUAAAAUUUCUAAAGAUGUUUAUUAUCAUUAUGUUACCGAGGGAUCUGGUUGUUUUAAGUUUGCAGCACUUCCUAUUUUUAUGCUUUUAAUUAUAAUACAAACGUUUUGUAACUUGUUUAUCAAUACUUGGCUAUCUUUUUGGGUUGAGGAUAGAUUUGAUAAAUCGGGAAAUUUUUAUAUUGGAAUUUAUGUUAUGGUUAAUAUGGCUUUUGUUUUUUUCACAAUUUUGGAAUUUAGUAUGAUUUUAUAUAUUACUAACAUGGCUGCAAGGCAGUUAACUAUUAAAGCUAUUGCUAAAGUCUUACACGCACCAAUGUCCUUUUUAGAUACAGCUCCAAUGGGUAGAAUUUUAAACAGGUUUACCAAAGAUUCUGAUUCAUUAGAUAAUUUAAUAGGGGAUGAAUUCCGGGUAUUUAUUAUUUGUUUAUCAUCUCUAAUUGGUGUCAUUAUUCUUUGCAUUAUUUAUUUGCCAUGGUUUGCUAUUUCGUUGCCUUUUUUUGCUCUUUUAUUUGUUUCAGUGUCUUCUUACUAUCAAGCAUCCGCAAGGGAAAUUAACAGAUUAGAGGCUUUGAACAGAUCAUAUGUUAUUAGCAAUAUUAGUGAAUGCUUAGGAGGCAGAGAUACUAUUAGAGCAUAUAAUGCAAUGGAAAGGUUCAAAGAAAAAAAUUCUAGGUACAUUGAUUUAAUGAAUGAAGCAUCAUAUAUUACAAUUUCAAACCAAAGAUGGCUAGCGGUUCAUUUAGACAUGCUUGGUAUAUUAUUUUCACUAAUUAUAUCUUUGUUAUGUGUAACUAGACAGUUUAGUGUUACUGCAUCAUCAGCUGGAUUGUUAAUUUCAUAUGUUUUUUCUGUUACAGGUGGUAUUUCAAUGGUUGUGAGAACCAUGACUAGUGUUGAAAAUUCAAUGAAUUCGGCUGAAAGAUUAUCUUAUUAUGCUUUUGAUUUACCCCAAGAACCUCCAUAUUAUAUCACUGAAAUGUCACCACCCUCUAGUUGGCCCUCCAGAGGUGAAAUUAUCUUUAAAAAUGCCAGUUUAAGAUAUAGAGAAGGAUUGCCAUUAGUUUUAAAAUCCAUCAGUUUCUGUGCUAAUCCUGGAGAAAAAAUUGGUAUUUGUGGUAGAACUGGUGCCGGCAAAUCAUCAAUAAUGACUGCAUUAUAUAGAUUGGCUGAAAUAUCAGAGGGUAAAAUACUUAUUGAUGGAAUUGAUAUCUCUAAGUUAGGAUUAAAAGAUUUGAGAAGCAAGUUAUCAAUCAUUCCACAAGAUCCUGUGUUAUUCAAAGGCACGAUCAGAAGUAAUUUAGAUCCAUUCAAUGAGUGUUUAGAUGAUGAUUUAUGGGAUGCGUUAGUGAGAGGAGGAUUAAUUGAAGAGGAAUUUUUAGGUUAUAUGAGAUAUCAAGAAAAGUAUGGUGAGAUUUAUGAAAGUGUCAACAAAUUCCAUUUGAAUCGUAUGAAAAAAUUUGGCUUGAAUGAAUCAGUUGAAGACAAUGGGUUGAAUUUUUCAUUAGGUGAAAGACAAUUAUUAGCUUUAUCAAGAGCCUUAGUAAGAAAUUCAAAAAUAUUAAUCAUGGACGAAGCUACAUCAAGCGUCGAUUAUGAAACUGAUUCUAAAAUUCAAGAAACUAUCUAUGAACAAUUUUCUGAUUGCACAAUAUUAUGCAUUGCACACAGAUUAAAAACUAUUUCUAAUUAUGACAAGAUCAUGGUUUUGGAAAAUGGAGAAAUAGUUGAGUUUGAUACCCCAAAAAAUUUGUAUGAUAAAACUAAUAGUAUAUUCAGAGAAAUGUGUGAUGAAUCUGGUAUUACUGUGUUUUGAGUAUGAUUAUGUGUAUACUAGUUUUAAUUUUUUUAUUUUACUUUCUAUAUUUGUUUUUGUUUUUGUUUUUG